AUGUCAGAUCUAGUUCCGCAUUAUGAAACAAUUACAGCAGCACCAGUUCCUGUUGACGAGGCUCGCUAUGAAAGGUUAGUUAAAGAGUUCAUUAGUAAUUUUAAAGAGGAGCCGACUUUUUUCAGUAGAUCUCCUGGUAGAGUUAAUUUGAUGGGUGAUCAUAUUGACUAUUGCUAUUUCUCUGUUUUGCCUAUGGCGAUAGAGGCAGAUGUCGUCGUUGCUGUUGGCGUGAAUGACUCUCUUGAAAUUAACUUGACCAACACUGAUCCUAAAUUUUCAACAGAGACUAUUAUUUUGGCUACGGAUGGUAAGAUAAUUUCUAUCGACAAGGAAAGAUUUUCUUGGGCUAGUUACUUUAGAUGUGCUAUGAUAGUGGCUCAUAAUUUUAUUUUGGAAAACUAUCCUGAAAUAAUCUCAGGUGGAACUAAACCUUUAAAAGGAAUGAAUAUGACGUUUGAUGGGACUGUUCCCACAGGUGGUGGUUUAUCAUCUUCCGCUGCAUUCUGUGUCGCAUCUACACUUGCCGUAUUACGUGCAAAUGGUAUCGAAAAGAUUAGCAAGAAAGAUUUAACUCGAAUAACCGUCGUUUCAGAACAUUACGUUGGAGUAAAUACAGGGGGAAUGGACCAAUGUGCGUCCAUAUAUGGUGAAAAAUCCAAGGCACUUUUGAUUCAAUUCAAACCUGAGUUGAAAGGUAUUCCUUUCGAAUUUCCACAUAUCGAACCUAAUGAAAUUGUCUUUUUGAUCUCUAACAGUUUAUUACAGGCCAAUAAACAUGAAACAGCUCCUACAAAUUAUAAUUUGAGAGUGGUAGAAGUUGCUGUUGCUGCAGAAGUCUUAGCGAAGAAAUACAAUUUAAAACUCGCUCAAGAUUCCAACUUAGGAACAGGAACUUUGAGAGGCUUUAUGGAUACCUAUUUCACCAGGCAUCUCCAUGAAGAACCUUGGGAUGGUGUAAAUAUAAACGUUGGUAUUAAUCGUUUGACAAGGUUGUUAGAUUUAAUUGAAAAUGAUUAUUCUGAAAUGGAGAAGAACGGAUUUACCACAGAAGAGGCAGCAGCUCGAUUGGAAAUGAGCCAAGAAGAAUUUGAAUUAAAAUUUUUGUCUAAGUUUCCGGUAAAAUACACCGUCUUAAAGCUCUAUUUGAGAUCCAAACAUGUAUUCUCAGAUGCACUUAGAGUAUUACAAACGCUCAAAAUUAUCCGUAAUUUUAAUGGCGAUACUCAAGGGUUCUUAAAUUCUUUUGGCUCACUUAUGGAUGAAUCCCAAAUUUCGUGUAAUAUUAAUAAUAACUCUUCCACACCAGAGUUGGAGAAGUUAUGCAAAAUAGCUAGGAAUAAUGGAGCUAUAGGGUCACGUAUCACUGGAGCAGGGUUCGGAGGUUCACUAGUACACCUUACAACGACAGAUAAAUUAGCAAAGCUCAAGAGUUCCCUUAUCACGGAAUAUUAUCAAAAUCAAAUACCAGGUAUUACACAGAAAGAACUAGAUGAAGCAAUUGUUGUGAGCAGGCCUGCAGCUGGAACAUGUACCAUUGCAUCCAAUGAUUUUCUAUAG